UAGUCUCGUGUUCAAAUCUCUCUUUACUUACUCUCUCUAACUCUCUCCAUCUCUCCUUCCCCUAUUUUGCUCUCUCUCUCCCCUCAUCUCUCUUUUUUUCUCCUUCUCCUGUAUUCUCUCUCCUCUUUGUUCGCCUGUUGAGAUUAUUCACUCAUAACUCAGAGGACCCAACAUCCUAGCUGAGUCCAGACUGGAGCCAUGGCUCCAGAAAAGGAAAGCAAUGGUCUCGAAAACUACGCAUUUGCUAUUGAUGGGCGUUUCUGUGAUCUGGAGAAGGAUGGAGAGGGCUCCGACCUCUCUGAGGAGGAUGACAAGAACAAACUGGCUUACUGUGUCACAGACAUCCCACCCUGGUACCUUUGCAUCAUUCUGGGCAUCCAGCAUUGCCUGACAGCGUUUGGAGGGAUCAUCGCCAUCCCUCUGAUCCUGUCUCAGGGUCUGUGUCUGCAGCAUGACAGCCUGACCCAGGGUCACCUCAUCAGCACCAUCUUCUUUGUGUCAGGCGUGUGCACCCUGCUGCAGGUCACCUUUGGAAUCAGACUGCCCAUUCUACAGGGUGGUACUUUCACCUUGCUGGCUCCCUCCAUGGCCAUGUUGUCGAUGCCAGAGUGGACAUGCCCUGCCUGGACCCAGAAUGCUUCCCUGGUCAACGCAACCUCUCCUGAGUAUGUAGAGGUGUGGCAGAGCCGCAUGCGAGCGCUACAGGGCUCUAUCAUGGUGGGCUCCUUGUUCCAGGUCCUGGUGGGUUUCUCUGGCCUCAUCGGUCUCUUCAUGCGUUUCAUUGGCCCCCUCACCAUCGCACCCACCAUCUCUCUGAUUGGCCUGUCCCUAUACGACUCAGCUGGAAUGAAUGCAGGGAACCACUGGGGCAUCUCAACUAUGACGACUGCUCUGAUCAUCCUGUUCUCCCAGUACCUCCGACACAUCCCUGUACCAUUCCCCACAUACAGCAAGACCAAGAAACUCCACACCUCCAAGAUCUACAUCUUCCAGAUUCUACCAGUGCUCCUUGGCAUCACACUGUCAUGGCUGAUCUGCUACAUCUUCACCAUCUCUGACGUCCUGCCCUCACAGCCAGAGCAAUAUGGCUACCUGGCUCGCACAGACCUGAAGGGGGAUGUCAUAGUCCAAGCCCCCUGGUUCAGAUUCCCAUACCCAGGUCAGUGGGGCUUACCAACAGUGAGCCUGGCGGGAGUGGUAGGGAUCUUGGCUGGGGUGAUAUCCUCCAUGAUAGAGUCGGUGGGGGACUACCACGCCUGUGCCAGGCUGUCAGGGGCCCCUCCUCCCCCAAAGCAUGCCAUCAACAGGGGCAUUGGCAUCGAGGGGCUUGGCUGUCUGCUGGCUGGGGCCUGGGGCACAGGCAACGGAACCACCUCCUACAGUGAGAAUGUGGGAGCAUUGGGGAUCACCAAGGUGGGCAGUCGAAUGGUGAUCAUUGCUGGUGGCGUCUUGCUGAUCAUUAUGGGACUGUUUGGUAAAAUUGGAGCCAUUUUCACCACCAUCCCCACACCUGUGGUUGGAGGAAUGUUCUUGGUCAUGUUUGGGGUCAUAUCUGCAGCUGGAGUUUCAAAUCUGCAGUAUGCAGACAUGAACUCCUCCCGGAACAUCUUUAUCUUUGGGUUUUCCAUGUUUUCCGGACUGGUCAUUCCAAACUGGAUAUUCAAGAACCCAGAUGCCAUAGCAACAGGUGUGGUCGAGCUGGACCAACUGCUGCAGGUGCUUCUGACAACCAGCAUGUUUGUUGGAGGCUUCUUUGGGUUCUUCUUUGACAACACCAUUCCUGGAACCAAGCGAGAGCGAGGCAUCCUAGCCUGGAACAAGAUCCACCUGGACGACUCCAGCAACACCUUGGAGAGUAGCGAGGUGUACAACCUUCCAUUUGGAAUCAGCUCUUGCCUCUCCUCCUACACAUGGGUUCGAUAUGUGCCGUUCCUCCCUCUGAAUGCACCCAGCUCACAGGACAAGCCAGGGGUGGACUCUUUGGAGACCAACAAGCAACCUGGGAAGCCAGAGCCCUCACAUAUCAUCAGAUCAGUGGCCCUAUGAACACUGAGCAAGCCCAGAUUCUGGCUAAAACAACAACAACAAUAACAAAGGCAGCUCUCGUGACUUGGACCACCUGUCCUGCUCUUAAGACACUGUAAAAGAACGCAAUCCAUACUUAUUUAGUCAGACAUUUUCUACUCACUUCUUGGCCAGAAUCAGAUUAGCAGUAACCCUCGUUAGCCAACAAACGCAUAGCUUUUCAUUGUUUUUGUUUAGGCAGUGUCGGAGGUGUAACUGCAUUAGAGCUGAAAUAAUCCACAAACGGCUCCUGGCAUUACCUAUCGCACACAUUGCCAUUGGAUGCCAUUGGAUGCACCCAGUAGCAUUAGUAGAAAUCCCAUGCAGCCACAUUACAAGUUCAAACACUGGAAUGUGGGAUGUAAUGUACAUCUUAAUUAGGUUGAUAUAAAUCCCUAUUAUCCCUAUUAUGUUGACUUCCGGCGCCGACAGAGAUGGCCGCCUCGCUUCGCGUUCCUAGGAAACUAUGCAGUAUU